CUGCGCCGAGUCCGCUCCGCCCCGCCCCGCCAGGUGCUCUCCACCCCCAGCCUGGGCUCCACCGUCCCUAACUUCUCAGCGUCCGCCAUUCUCAGUAGCGACCCCCGGGCGCCUGGUUCUGUGGAGCCCUAAGUCGGGGAUAGAGUCGCCGAGUGUCGCGGGGCGUCCAGGGGCGUGUUGGGAGCCGACUAAGGCGUCGUACGCGACAAAAUCCCGAAAAGGGGAGCUUCCUGGGAGCCGGGCGCCUCGCGGUCUGCCCCCCACACCCCUGCGGGCGCAGCCGCACCUGAGCUCGCGGGCCUCCAGAGCGCGUGCGCGUCCGAGGGCUUCCCGCACCUGCUGGUGAGAAUCCCCCAAACGGUCGGUGGCUCGAGGCCUGGCGCGCGGCGCGGACAGCAGGUCAUGGCGCAGCUGUGUGGGCAGCGGCGGGGCCGGGUGCUCCUCGCCCUCUUAGCUUCGCUGCUCCUCUCCGGGGCCGAGGCGGCCGACAGAGACCUGGACUUUCACGAGUCUUGUGGAGUUUCGAAGGUAGUGGGGAAAUGCCGGGCUUCCAUCCCCAGGUGGUGGUACAAUGUCACUGAUGGGUCCUGCCAGCUAUUUGUGUAUGGAGGCUGUGAAGGAAAUGGCAAUAACUACCAGAGCAAGGAGGAAUGUCUUGCGAAGUGUGCUGGUGUCACUGAGAACACCAUUGAUGGUCUGACCAGGAACAGAAAUGGAGCUGACUCUUCCGUCCUGAGUGCUCCCAGAAAGCAGGAUUCUGAGAACCUCUCUGACGAGAUCUUCAACUUUGAAGAAUAUUGUGUCCCGAAGGCUGUCACUGGGCCUUGCCGUGCAGCCUUCCCUCGCUGGUACUAUAACGUUGAGAAGAAUUCCUGUGAAAGCUUCAUCUAUGGCGGGUGCCGGGGCAACAAGAACAGCUACCUCUCCCAGGAGGCGUGCAUGCAGCGCUGCUCUGGCAAACAGAUGUACCCUGUUCUGACCUCUGGGACAAAAGCGGUGGUCCUGGUGGGGCUGUUCCUGAUGGCCCUGAUCCUCCUCCUGGGAGCCUCUGUGGUCUGCCUGAUCCGUAUGGCACGCAAGAAGCAGGAGCGUGCUCUCCGUACCGUCUGGAGCACUGGGGAUGACAAGGAACAGCUGGUGAAGAACACCUAUGUCUUGUAAAGGCCCCGACUCUGGGAGAACAGACAUGCCUUUGGAAAUUAGAGCAACUGCUUGAAUCUGUGAAAUCAUUAGGGAAUUUUGUCUUUGUUUCCCCAUGGCAGGGAGGGCAGGGAGGCAUUUCUCAGUCCUGUGGCUACUUAGAUCCCCUGACUUCUGACCUCUCAGUAGCUCCCUCUGCCUCUCCACCCAUUACCUCCUUUAGCAUCACUAAUAGUUCUGUCUGGUAGCUUUCUUUGUUUGUUUGAUUUAUGUGGUUUUUUUAAGUAGAUUAAGUUUUUUUAAAAAUUGGGAUUCUGAAAGGAAAAAAAUGUAUGUUUAAUAAAAUGGGCCUUUUAAAAUACAA